GGCAUAUUUAUAGAUAUUGAGAACAAAAGUGUCUUCUGAAAUGUUCGGAGUUUUCCGGAAAAGUCACGCGCAUGGUCACGAGGCCAACGAGUUAGAGGCAUUCAUGGAUUCGCUUGAACAUCGACACCUUGAACCGAUUAAAUAUUUCUAUCACAUGACAACCACUGAAAACGUUCGCAGAGUAUUUGACGAAGGUGUCAUGAUCCCAAGGAAAACCGAGACGCCAUAUUGGACCGUAUUAUCACGUGACAAAGAUUCACCAAUCGGUGUCUGGUUCAGCUCGAGUUUGUAUCACUCCGCUCUCCCGGAAUCGUCUGUUUAUGGUGACAACAGAAUUAAAAUUCCAUGCCAGUUUAUAAUUUCAAGCAUGUUAAGGCCAAGAAUGUACUUAGAAUCGUUUUAUUAUUUUGAAUCAAAACCUAAAAAUCAGAUUGUUCGAAUUAUCUUGGUUGAUGCAGAGAAAAAUCGGAAAGAAGCGGAUUGGUGCCAAAAAAACUGUUUGCGACGAGUAAAUAUGGCUGACAACAAAAUUUUAGUCCUCGAUCAGGAAAGAAAACAGUAUAAAUGUUCAAACAAUGACGGUAAAAUGUUCCCGUACAUUUGGGUAGAGGUUUUUGUAAUAGGUCACGUGGAAAUGGUUGCCAUAGAUACAGUAGACGAAACACGCCCAAGCAGAGACGAGGCAGUUCCGGGAAAGGUUCCACCUGGCGUAUGAUGUGAAAAAAUCUAUGCAUUUUGAAAA